UCCUUUUGUGUCAUGCACGUUUUUCGUUUGUUUGAGUGUGGCAUUUGCUUUUGCAUGAAAAUUUGGGCCCAGAUUUAAGUGCGUAUCAAUAUUUGUGAUAUAUUUGCAAGAAUAAUACAAAAUAUAUUGUUGAAAAUCGUGUCUUGCGCAGCAUAACAUAAUAACGUUUUUUAAUCGAGUUUAACAGCCUAGUUCUGGCCUCGCGUUGAUGAUAAUGAGCGACGAAGAAAGGGAUAUUGACAUUGAAAGUGAUGAUGAUAACGAUUCUGAUACGGGUGCACAGUCAUCAAGGCAUGCAAAUACACAAAAUUUUACGCAGGCAGAGAAACGUGCACAUCACAAUGCAUUGGAAAGAAAAAGACGUGACCAUAUAAAGGAGAGUUUUACCAGUUUACGUGAGGCAGUGCCAACACUUAAGGGUGAAAAGGCCAGUCGUGCACAAAUACUAAAGAAAACGACGGAAUGCAUCCAAGUAAUGAGACGAAAGAUACAAGCAAAUCAAAAAGACGUAGAAGAUAUUAAGAAGCAAAAUGCAAUUUUGGAGCAGCAAAUACGCAUGUUGGAAGAGGCAAAGAAAGGCUAUGUGAUAGACCCCAACGAGUAUCAACAACUGAAUCAAGAGUAUCAAGCUUCAGCGGCAGAUAGUUCGGAUGGCGAUGAACAAGAUUUCAGUCGUCGCAGCAAAAAGAUGAAGACAUCCUAUCAAACAUAGAUAAUGUCAAACGACUGUCUCCAAUGUUGCUACCAUAAACUAUACUAUAUGUAGCGCAAAUGGCGUCCAAAUAUUUUGUAUGUGGCUCACCACUUUUUUAAUUAUAAGAACAAUCCCCUCAAUUAUGAGAGACGAAUCAAUUAAGCUAAGAAAUCGUGCAGUGUAAUGAUGAUGGUACAUAAAUUCUUUUACAAUACUUAUAACUAGUUUGUAGGUUAUGCUCUUUUAGAUUUUAUUUACAUUUAAAAAAUCUAACAAAUAUAUAUUUUUUAUGUUUACAAAAA